UGGUAUUUUUUGGGUACAUUUUAGGUAUUGCAUUGUUAAACUCGGGUUUUUGAGUCCAGUGGUCGUGAUUUGUGCAUCAAAUCACAAUCAAAGAGAGGGAGCAGUUGAUCUGCAAAUAGUUCCACGCGCUGGAACCCAUAGUUUGCAUGCAUUGCAUUUAGUCUGGCGAUCGGUUGGCGAGGCGUGGAACAACCUGUGGCAGCCAGCGGAAUUUGAAAGGAACUGGAUUCGAUAGGAAUCAAGACGUUUGGACGUUUGCACGUUUGGAUCGGACAGGAUGAGCUGCUUUAGUGCGAUGAGUGCCCCGCUGCUGGGCGAGAUGGAGCAGACCAUUGGGAUGCUGGAGCGCGGCACCAUCGUGACCAAGUUGUAUGGGAAACAGCGUCGCCCAGAUCGCCGCCACCUGAUGCUCAUCCGAGAGACCCGACAGCUGCUCUGGGCCACGGUGGCCACCCAAACGCCACGCACCGACUACGAGGGUGCCAUACAGCUGCGGGAGAUUCGCGAGAUACGGGUGGGCAAGCACUCCAAGGAGUUCCGCCUGUUUGCCGACGACUGCCAGCGCUUCGAGUCCAGCAAGUGCUUUGUCAUUCUGCACGGCAAUCACUUCAAGCUGAAGAGCUUCUCUGUGGUGGCUCUGUCGGAGAUCGAAGCCGAUAACUGGGUGCGGGGCUUGCGUUACAUGGUUAAGGACACUCUGGGAGCACCCUAUCCCUUGCAAAUUGACCGCUGGCUGCGUCGCGAGUACUACCAAAUCGAGAAUGUCAACUCGCAUUCUGCCAAGGCCACGGAACAGUCGCCCGCCCAGGUGACUAUCAAGGACUUUAAGCUCUUUUUGGCCGGAGUUAGCUGUAAGAUGACCACCGGCAAGUUCAUGGAGCACUUUACCGAGGAUGUGCGGCGCAAGCACGAUCUCAAGUUUGACGACUUCUCGCGGUUCUAUCAGAAGUUGCUGCUGCCUAACGGAUUUGCCAGCGUCUUGUCGGGAUCGGGAGUGGCCAACUUUCCCUAUUCGGAGGACCAACAGGUGGUGCGACCGUCUGAGCUGAAGCAGUUCCUGGAGACGGAACAACGCGAUGUGAGCGCCAGUGAGAUCAGUAACGCAGCCAUUGCCUCCUUCAUUCGGGACUUUGUUCAGGAUGUGGAACGGGACGUCCAGGAACCGUAUCUCACCAUUUCGGAGUUUGUGGACUUUCUGUUCUCGAAGCAGAACGACCUGUGGAACAGCAAAUACGACCAAGUGUUCAUGGACAUGAACCUGCCGUUGUCCUCCUACUGGAUCGCAUCGUCGCACAAUACCUACCUGACGGGGGAUCAGUUCUCUAGCGAAUCCUCCUGCGAGGCAUACGCCCGCGCCCUUCGCAUGGGAUGCCGCUGCAUCGAGCUAGACUGCUGGAAUGGGCCCGACAACCUGCCCUACAUAUUUCACGGCCACACCAUCACCUCCAAGAUCAAGUUCAUGGACGUCAUCAAGACGAUCAAGGACCACGCCUUCACCAGCUCCGAGUACCCGGUGAUACUGUCCAUAGAGCAGAACUGCUCCCUGGAGCAACAGCGGAAUAUGGCGCAGGCCUUGAUCGAGGUUUUCGGCGAUAUGCUGCUCACGCAACCUUGUGAUCGGAACGAGCAGCACUUGCCAUCGCCAUACCAGCUGCGUCGCAAGAUAAUCCUGAAGCACAAGAAGUUGCCGCAGUUUGACGACAUCACCAAUGGGAUUUCUGGCACGGGUUCACUGGGCCAUCGAUCUUCGCUGGGUGGAGCGGGCGGUGGGGAGAACGAUGGCGAGAAUGUGCGCAAGGUGUUCAAGGAGGGAUUGCUGUACUUCAAGGAUCCGGUCGAUAAGUCCUGGAAUCUGUACCAGUUCGUUCUGACCCAUCAGGAGCUGAUCUACUCCUCUGAAAUCAACGAGUCGCGCAAUGGAAACUCCGAGGAUGACGACUUUGGCCUUUCUUCGUCGUGUUCCUUAAACAGCAACAUGCAGCAAAAGCAGAAGGAUACCUCGGCCAACGAUGAGCUGCACUUCGGCGAAAAUUGGUUCCAUGGAAAACUGGAAGGUGGCAGGAAGGAGGCGGAUGACUUGCUGAAGAAGUAUAAACAUUUUGGCGAUGGAACAUUUUUAGUUCGAGAAUCGGCAACGUUUGUGGGUGACUAUAGUCUCUCGUUUUGGCGACGAAAUCGCCCGAAUCACUGCCGCAUUAAGUUAAAGCAUGAAAAUGGAUCAAUCAAGUACUAUCUAGUGGAGAAUUUUGUGUUCGAUUCACUGUACUCACUGAUCGUUUACUACCGCAAGAAUAUGCUGCGUAGCUCAGAGUUUUCGAUUAUACUGAAGGAGCCUGUUCCGCAGCCGAAAAAGCACGAGGAUCAGGAGUGGUUCCACCCAAACACCACAAAGGAGCAGGCCGAACAGGGGCUAUUUAGGCUGGAAAUCGGUUCGUUUCUGGUGCGGCCUUCGGUGCAAAGCAUUAACGCUUUCGUCAUUUCGUUUACAAUCAAUCGGAAGAUCAAGCACUGCCGCAUUAUGCAGGAGGGACGUUUGUACGGCAUCGAUACGAUGAAUUUCGAGUCUCUGGUCUCGCUGAUCAACUACUAUACCCGAAACCCACUCUAUCGCAAUGUUAAGCUCAGCCAUCCGGUCUCUCAGGAGCUGCUGCGUCAGGCGCUAGCGGAGGCCGCCCAGGGCGAUCACAGUGGCAGCCACGACGACAACGGUGCCUCCAACUACAUGGGCUCCAACCUGGAGGAGCACGUCACCUGCAAGGCCCUCUACAGCUACAAGGCGAACAAGCCAGAUGAGCUCUCAUUUCCCAAGCACGCCAUCAUAACGAAUGUCCAGAGGGACAACUCGAUGUGGUGGAUUGGGGACUACGGUGGCAUGAUAAAGAAGCACCUGCCGGCAAACUACGUUAAGGUUAUCGAUUCAACCACGGAGGACUACAACUCGUUGAACGAAGAGGGUACAGAUGGACGCACCGACUCCAUUGAGAUUUUCGGAGCUGUUGCCUCGCUCUUCGAGUCCAACGAUCCGGGCAUUAUCUUCAAGCUGCAGAUACAAACGCCAACGAUGCAGAACCCGUUUGUGAUUGGCUUCGACAACCAGGAGACGGCGUACGAGUGGAUAAAGGCAAUCCAGGAGGCAGCUCUCAUCGCCAGUCAGCUGGCUUCGGAAAGACGGAAAAAGGAGCGCACUGCCCGUGUGGCCAAGGAGAUGUCCGACCUGAUCAUCUACUUCCGCAGUGUGCCGUUCCGCGAACACUCGUGGAUAUUUCAGGAAAUGUCGAGUUUCCCAGAAACGAAGGCGGAAAAGCAGUUCUUCCAGCAGAACACACAACUGUUUCUCUCCUACCAUCGCAAUCAGAUCAGCAGAGUGUACCCGAAGGGUCAGCGCUUGGACUCGUCGAACUUUAACCCCAUGCCAUUCUGGAAUAUAGGAUCACAGAUGAUCGCACUGAACUAUCAGACAGGCGAUAAGGCCAUGCAGCUUAAUCAGGCCAAGUUCCGAAACAAUGGGCAAUGUGGCUAUAUCCUAAAGCCGUCGUUCAUGAAGUCAGAUAGCUUCAAUCCGAACAAUCCGCUGUGCGAUGGCCUAAGCGAAGUUAAAGUAAGCAUACGGCUGAUAGCCGCACGUCAUCUAUUUCGGGGCGGCAAAUCGAACAAUCCGCAGAUCGUGGUCGAGAUAGUUGGCGCUAGCUAUGAUACAGGCGUUAAGUACCGCACCAAAGUCAACGAAAAUGGUUUCAAUCCGGUGUGGAAUGAAUCGUGCGAGUUUAACGUGCGCAACCCACAAUUCGCGAUUCUUCGCUUCGAAGUGCAGGACGAGGAUAUGUUCGCCGAGACGCACUUCAUCGCCCAGGCGUGCUAUCCGCUGACCUGUAUUCGGCAGGGUUAUCGCAGCGUCAUCCUGCGAAAUAAGUUCAGCGAAGAGCUGGAACUAUCGUCCCUGCUGAUCAACAUCAAGGUUGCAAAUGCCACUUCCCCGUAAGAGGAUUGUGAAGUUAGCUGGAUCAUUAAUAUGCUUAGAGUGCAAACUAUGAUUCCAAAUCUAUAUGUACAAGUGAAUAGGUGUCGAGUGUUUAUGAAAUCAAUUGCUAGAAUUGAAGCAAAGCGAAGCUAUUUCACAAAAGCAAUUUUUCAAACACUGUACAUACCAUUUCACUAAACCAUGACCUGAUUCUCCCACUCAUGAUAAUCUUAAAACUUAAGAUCUGGUAGUUCAUACUAUACAAUGAGUAUUCAAAUAGUAAUUGAAAGCAUAAAUUCGGAACUCCUGGAACUGAAAUCAAGUUUUUGUAAUCCCUGCGUAUAAUUUAUGCUUUUCCAUAACACUAACGUACAAGUUGUAGUUAUACGUGACAUUGAUUCAGGACAACAAAAUAUUACGGAUAAGUUUUAACUAUCCUUCACCUCAUUUAAUAAUAAGCAAACCAAAAUGAUUUGAUUUCGAUUCAAGGAAUUAAACGAUUUCCAUUUGGCUUUACUAUCAAAAGUUUUACAUUAAGUUGAUUCCAAAAUAAGAAACAAUCCCCAAACAGCUCAAAUGGAAUCAACUGGAUGGGCAUUUGAUAUUCAGUUUCAGGACUUCCUUUAGUCCUUUUACAACAACUGAUCAGCUUUUUAUAAGUAUUAUAUUACAUUCUUCUAAUGAAAGUCUUAAUUCAAUAGAAGAAAAUAGAGCACUUGUAGGCACUUAAGCAUUGUUGAUUGGCUAUCAUUUGUGACCAACCUUUCUAAAUAUUAUCCGGAAAACAAUUUUCGACCCUUUUCUUAGCACAAAUACUCAAACAGCAUUUUAAUCAUUCAUUAUUUACCUUUUCUUCUCUUCUAAUGCUUAAAAUAAUUAUACAAUUAAUGAAAAGCAACCAUUUCUGCCAAAGGAUCUGGUCUAACAAAACUUAAACCUCUUUAAUUACACAAGUCUUCCAGUUGUUUAACAAUUACGAUAUCCCACAAAUUUGUGUCUAUGUUGUUUAUUCACGAUUGUUGUAGCUAAUGUUAAACACCAUUAGAAAAACUAAAAGUUUGGGAACAAUAUUAAAACAAAAUUAAUACAAAAUGUAAUUGUACCUGUGAUUCAAUUACAUGUAUUUGGAAGUGCCUAAAAAUUCUAAAUUAUCGAAAUUUUAAACAAUAAUUAGUUUUAUAUCAAGUUCUAUGUGUGUCAGUCUAGAGAAAUUUUUAAACGUUAAAUUUUGAACUUAAAGAUAUCUAUUUUUACAAAAUCCAAGUUUUAAAACAUAUCGUGAAAUGCAACUUACCUUUUUCUCUCUACAAAACUGCGAAAUCUAAAUAUUAAAAAACUAAGUUCAGUAGGCGUAUUUAUUAUUGAAUGCAUAAUGUAAUUUAUAUAUUAAAUAUCCAUAAAAUGCACUAGUCGAUUUAAGCAGUGGAAAAUGAGUUCUCUAUGCGUAUCAAUAGAUUUUGAAUCUGAAACUGUUUGCAUUCCAUUUGAAUGCCCACUGAAAUGAUCGAUACGUAUCUACACAAGUCAUUUGUCAUGCAUUUGCAUUUAAUUAACAUUCUGCGGUUUUCAUUCGCACAAUAGAUCGCUUUUUGAGCAUUAGCAAAUCAUGCUUAGUAUAUGUACCCAAAAUGUAUUUAAUUUGUACGUUCCGUUUUUAAGUGAUUUGUAUGUACGUCUAAUAGAUAUUUGCAACUCUUUUGUAAUUGCCCUAUAUUCAGUAAACACACAAUACGUAUACAUUCAUAAUUAUUUAAUGCCAAAUAAAUGUUUACCGGCGUUAGCUGUCUAUAUACAAACUUGUUUUUAUGUUCUAUUUUUGAGGAUUAAAUUAAGUUUUCAUAUUGCCUAAAAACGCGCGUA